AAUAAGAUGAAAAUAUUUAUCCUCAAUGAAACAUACAGAUGGAUACAGAGACAUAUAAAACUUUAUUACAUAGUUUAAAGUCAUCUCUAUGUAAGGACAAGAAACUAAUAUCAGUCAAAUACUUUAAUGAGGUAUUACGUGACUGCGAGACAUGCAUUUAUCAGUGCUUAAAUGCCAUAGCAAGUGCAUUAGAGGACACCAAUUUGGAAAUCUUAGGAUUAUGUGAGCACAUAGAAGAUGCAGUGUGUCUACUCCAAAUGCUAUCAAGCUAUAUAAUAAAUGUAAUAGAGUCUUUUGCAUUGGCUUGCUGUAGUAUGAAGACAUAUCCAACCAUCACAGGAAAUAUUAUUUUGUCAGUGUUUACUCACUGCAAGGACAGUGAAUGUUUGUAUGGAGUGUAUAUAAGUAAGGUGGAAAAACAGUUAAAAGACUUGUUCCGAACUUGCCAUGAACUGCAACUAACAUAUCUGAUGUCAAUGGAGAAACACUAUACAUUUGAUUUAAGUGAAACAUAUCAAUUGGAUAUCCUAUUAGAAGCUUUAGAUAUAAAUCUAAAAAUUGGUGAUGUAGCACAAACACUGGAUGUAAAAACUAUGGCAGAGCAGUGGAAAGCCUAUACUGCAAUAUGUGAAAAGUAUUCUAAAUAUUUGUUAGACAAGGACAUUUAUAAUAAGUGUACAAAGCUCUUCAUUGAAAUGAUAAGAAACAAUAUGAAAACAGGUUUAGAGGUGAAUGAUGAUAAGGCUAUAUUGAGAUCUGUAAAAGUUGCAAGUUUUGGGAUUAGAAUAUUAUCGAAGUUAUGUAAUAUAUUCAAGAAUGCGACAUGUAAUGAUCAUGAAGGCAUACUGGAUAUAUUAAUUUAUUUGUUUACCUUCAACACUUCAUAUUUGGAUUUAAAACAAAAAUCAAAACUUUCAAGACAAGUAGAAUCAAAUAUUAUACUUUCAUUGGAAGUACUUCUCAACCAGCUUGUAAAUGACACUAAAUUUCUUUAUUGUAUCUGUAACAUUAAUGAUAGCAAAUUACAAGGGGAUGCAUUCUUUGGAUAUGUUUUACUACUUGCGGCAAUAAUGACGAAGCUUUUGAAUAUAAAUAAUAUGGAAGUUGGAGAUAUAAAAAUACGAAUAUUGAAACAUUUGUUUUCAUUACUACCUUCAGGUCACACAUGGUUUAACAUGGGUUUAAAGUUAAAAUUGGCGAGAGGAACCGAAGAUCAAACAUACAGUUUAUUUGCUUACUUGUUAACAGUCACAGUGGCUUUUGCUAAAACAUUAAAUUCUGAAGAAUUUGCUCACUUAGAGCGCAUUAUUUUUGAGGCUUUGUUAAAUACAGAUUGUUAUAGCGCUGUUUUCGCGGCAAACUUGUGGGAGCUGUUAUUAAGAUCAUGUGAUCCAAGAUUACUUUCCAACACACUCAUGUCUUUAGUAAAAGUGUAUCAAAAACUAGGAAACAUCAAAUCGUUCCAUAGUUCUCCACAAAAAAUAUAUAUCCUAUAUACAUUAAGAAGACUGUUUCAACAAUGUUCACAGCAGGAUAAAUUGUUAAUAUAUAAGCAGUAUAAUAUACUGGAUAAACAAAAUGUGUGGAUUGGUUUAAAAAUAUCAAAUUUGCCGUCAAAUGUGCAGUAUAUUGCAGAACAAUUAGUUUUCGUUAAGUUACAAAAAAUGGUCAAUGGUUUGAGAGUAGAUGAUGAUGAAGACAUUGAUUGUAUGAUUCAACUCAUCAAUUUGGUGGCAACUUGUAAAAAUAAUGACAACAAUAUUAUGGAUUUAUUAGAUAAAAUGUGGGGAAAAGCUUGUCCUAAAUGUAACUAUGAUAAUAAAGAAUUUGAUCAGAGCUCUACUUGGUAUUUUAGAUUUAUUGAAGCAAUAAUUAUUCUAACUGAAUCUUUAAGAGAGAGAAUACCGAAACAUGUAAAAAUUAAGAUUCUCCAUAUAAUUUCAAGGAUAGUACAAUCAGAAAACCUGGAUCUCAUCUAUCUUUCAUUUCCAACAUUUUGUGCUUUAUAUGAUCAUCACUUGGAUAUACAAUCUGAUAUCUUGCAUGAUGUUUUCGAAAAAGUGCUUAUUAAUGCAGAUUUUGCAUUACGACAAUACGUAUUUAAUGUUAUUAAAAAUAGUCCUUUAUCAAAGGAAUUUAAUAACAUUGUGCAGCAAGAUUCAUUACAAGAUGUAUUGACUGAAUUUAAUGAGUAUAAAAACACUCAAAAUGAUAUAAAAAUGCUGAAAAAUCAAUUUGAAAAUGUAGAGAGAAAUGUUUAUACUCAUAAGUGUUUGAAAUCACAAGUAUGCAAUUCAGUUUCGGAGCGAAGUCAAAGUAAAAGUAAUUUUGAUUUGGCCGAUAUCGAUUCACUUUUUGAUAACGAUAGCGACAACGAGCCUAGUUCUAAACGAGUUAAAUUCAAUGUGAAUGAAAUUGAAGAUCUAAUAUUGAGAAUAGAAGAAGAAUCAACUUUACUGUGCGACCUCAAGGAAAAUAUUUUAAGUGCAGAACAUAAAAGAAGGUUAUCGAAUGUCUGUGUAAAGCUUAGAAAUAUAAUUGAACAUUGAA